UUUCAAUGAAUAGGGCAGGCUUGUUGUGAACAUUUCUCUAAAAAAGGUGGGUGAAGGUGGAGCUUCAACACUUUAGCUUAGGGAGCUUGCGUGAUGGGAAGGCAGCCAGCCUUGUUGUGACAAACUUGGUGUCAUGCUGAAAGACAACAAGCUUGUCACCUUCAUCAUCACCUAUGGCCAGGCUCUCCCUAAGCUCACCAACCUCCUCCGUCGCUGCGGUAAGAGCUGUCGCCUCCAAUGGACCAACUACCUCUGUCCCGACUUGAAGCACGGCCUCUUUGAUGAAGCUGAAGAGCAAUUGCUCGCCUCGCAACAGAUGGUCAAAGACUGCAGCGACCUUACCGGAAGAACAAAUAACGAAAUCAAGAACAACUGAAGAAGCUCAUCAAGAUGGGGAUAGAUCCGGUCACAACCAAGCCUCUGCAGAAGCAAGAAACAGAAAGUUGCAGCCAAGGAAGCUGCACUGAUUCCUCAGCCGCCAUAUCUCCAUUAACAGAAGCUAAUUAUUGCACUGAAAAAGAUGAGCCAUUAACAAGCCAACAUACGUGGAUGGAGGCUCUUAAAGAUGAUUCCAACAUGGGGCAGCAAAAUCUACGGUGAUAUUGGCUCAUACAGUGAUUACCAACAGCCCCAUUGAAUAAAAAAAAUCCUUCAAACAGCACACUGGAAAAUGUAUGAUCUUUAAAGACUUCAGGAUUCAGAAAACUGAGCACAGAAAUUUCCAG